UAACUCAGGAUUUCCUGUUUACAACUGUCUUCCAUUGCCCUUCUCUCAGUUAAGCUUUUUAUUAGUUUUAGCCAUCUGGGUGUUCCUUAAAAAUGGCAACAAUUAUCGGAAAUGAUCACCAGAAUGGUUCUUUAGAGGGUCUGUGUAUAACUCGUGAUCCACUGAGUUGGGGAGUGGCUGCUGAGUCAAUGAAAGGUAGCCAUUUAGAUGAAGUGAAGAAGAUGGUGAGUGAAUAUAGGAAACCUUUGGUCAAGUUAGGUGGCGAGACCUUGACUGUAGCUCAGGUGGCUGCUAUUGCCAGUCAUGAUGCCGAUGUUAAGGUGGAGCUUGCUGAGUCAGCCCGAGCCGGUGUUAAAGCUAGCAGUGACUGGGUUAUGGAUAGUAUGAAUAAAGGAACUGAUAGUUAUGGUGUUACUACUGGUUUUGGAGCUACUUCCCAUAGAAGAACCAAACAAGGUGCUGCUCUGCAAAGGGAGCUUAUUAGAUUCUUGAAUGCUGGGAUUUUUGGCAAUGGAACAGAAACAUGUCACACAUUACCUCACUCUGCAACAAGAGCAGCAAUGCUAGUGAGAAUAUAUACUCUUCUUCAAGGUUACUCAGGCAUUAGAUUUUGA